AAUUGUGACAAACAAGUCGCAUAAAAACGGUCGGCGGAAAUGAGCAAAUUUCGGGAGCCUUCUGGAUCCUUCGAGAAGGCGACGACUUUAUAAAAGUGAGCCGGCGGCCGCAGUCCGCGCAGUCCGCUAAGAACAAUCGACGUGUUCACGCUAUCCUAGUGAUAACAGAAAUUCGGUUUCGUGGAGAAAUAUUGAUAUAUUUCAGUGCCGUUGUGUGACUACCGGAGUUAUUUCGAGACAGGCGAUUUAUCGCUUUUCAUCCGCCGCGUGCGAAUUACGAUUACAGUCGUGUGACACGCGUAAUCUGUCGUGUGACUAGUGUACAUACAUAGUGUGCAUCGUUCUAGACUUAAUCGCGUUGCGAUACUCGCGGGUGUAUCUGUCUGUUGUCCGUCUCACUUCGCGCUUAACUUUCCGCGGCACGCUCGCUCACGCGUCCACAUCACAUUCGCGCACAUUUGCUGGUCCUUCGAGCCGGAUCUCGCUGUCCGGUGCGGGUGCAGUGAGUGCAGUGUCUGUGGUCUUCGUCGGAGCUUCUCCGGUCAUCUCAUUCUAAAAGACAAAGAUGAGUAAGGAUAUGGACUCAAUAACUCGAGUGCAGCUGAGCCUAUACGGGCGCAUUGCACGCUCGUAUGACAACUUGCGGAAGACGGGGUCCGCCAAUAUAACAGUCGGACUGGUGGAGUCACGCCUCCAAGCUCUCGAGGCCAACUGGGCGAAAUUUGAGCACAACCACGACAAGCUCCUCGCUACCGGAGAGUCCCUGCGCGAGAGUGACUAUGUCAAAAAGGACAUACAAGCGGAAGCAGAGGAAGCUUACCUCACCUAGAAGGGCAUGUUCCUGGAUACGCUCCGCCGUCUCAGAUCCACGGAAAGAACCGAGGUUUCCGCUGCUGGAACACCUUCGUCACAGCCGCCGCGAACAACUUUGCCGAGGAUACAACUUCCUCAGUUCUCCGGGCUGUAUGAGGACUGGCCGUCGUUCCGCGACCUCUUUCAUUAUCUCAUUGGGAAGGAUGACUCGGCCGCCAACGUCGAGAAGCUUCACCUCAAGGCGUGUCUGAAGGGAGAAGCGGAACUCCUCAUUCGCAGUCUGCCCACGACAGGCGAGAAUUUUGAUCGCGCGUGGAAGGUUCUCAUGGACUAUUACGAGAACAAGCGCCUGCUCGUGCGAUCGUACAUCGCGAGGUUUCUGGCGAUUCAACGGGUAAAGGGUGAGUCGAGCACAGAUUUACGUAACUUUUACCACGGCGUGGUCGAGCUCGCGCUCACGCCGCUGGGCGACGGUCCGCCGCUGCGGAUCUCGGCUUCCGUCAACACGCCGCCAAGACGAUGGCCUCUCGCCCGGAUCACCAGCGUGCACCCAGGAGACGAUGGGCGAGUCCGCGUGGUCACCAUCCGUACUGCCACUUCAGAGCUGACGCGUCCUAUCGCCAAGAUAAUCCUCCUGCCGGAAAGCCGCUCCGACGAGCAGGAAAACGAGCCCAUGCAUGGCGGUUGAACAGUCGCUCGUCCGGCUGUAAGGAAAGAAAGGGAAAAUUGACGCUCAAAUUUAACUGCGAGAUUUGUAUCUCAGUGUCACUCCACUUUCCCUUUCUUUUCACUCGACGAGUGGUGCGCGAGAAGACACUGCACGGUGCAAGCACUCGCGCUCGACACUUCAUCCGUCACACAUGCAAGCUUUCGUAUAUCUCUAUUGUAUCGUAUUUUCAUAUAUCUAUGUUGAUCAAAUAGAGAGAGAGAGAGAGAGAGAGAGAGAGAGAGAGAGAGAUAUCGCGCUCGCGAAAUACACACAACAAUCGAGAGCGCUUCAUGAGCGUUCGAUGCAUUUAAAAAUUCAGUCACGUAGAGGAAACGUUGACAGUAGCGUUGGUCACGGUGAUCGACGAAUUAGGAAGCGAAGAAUAUCUUUUUGUAAUCUCCUUCGUCGUCAUCGAGGAAACGCGUUUUUCUGUAAAUCAUAUAUAAUAUACAGUGUGUAUAAUAUACAGUGUAAUAUACACUGCAAUAAACGCGUGAGAAGGUCCUACAAAUCACGGUUAAAAAAAUAGAAAAAUUUUGUUUUAUUUGUACAAUGUGUUUGAUUUAAAUGUGUAUACAGUCAGUUAUUUUUUUAUAUAAUAGAAUUAUUUUGUACUCAUACUUAAAAGCAACCUGUGACAAUAUCUUAUGUACAAUUAUUGGUAUCUUACCUUUUCAAAUUUAUCAUAAAAUACUUUACAAAACUAUGUUAAAAUUGAGAUAUUAUUUUACUUAAAAAAUAAAACUGUAAUAAUAAUAAUAAUAUUUAAAAAGUAUUUAAAAUAAUAUUAAAAAUAAUAUUUAAAAAUUAUUAAAAAAUGUAUAUAAUAUUAAUAGAGAGAAUA